AUGAGUGAAGUUGUAGCAGGUUUCUUUGCUCCAUGCCAACAGAAUUAUUUUGUUUGUAGAGGUGAGAAUUUUAGCAAUGGAAAAUGGCAAGUGAAGCUGAAGAAAGCAGAACUGCAAUGCCAUGCAAUUUUCAAGUCAAAGCCAAAGCCAAAGAAAUAUUUGGUUAGCAAUGAGUUAACAGUAAAGCCUGCCACUUACUCUGCAAGAAUUUCCACUGAUAUUCCUCUUUAUGAGACUCCACAGGCUUUGUUUGAUGAGUACUUGGAUGAUAAGCCCAGAAUUUUCAAUGCAAUGUUUCCUGACAAACACAGAAGCCAACGGCUUAAUCAGAAUGAAUGGAGAAUUCAGAUGUUGCCCCUGCAAUUAUUGGUCCUAAAUGUCUGGCCGGUAGUAGACUUGAGGUUGAGAUGCAAGUCAAGAGGUGGAGAUUACCCACCGGAAGUUCCUCCUGAUAUCACAAAAGUUCUUGAGCUUGACAUUCCAAGAUGGGAACUCCAAGGACUUGAUAAUGUUGUUGAUCCAUCUCAUUUCACCCUGAUUGUAAAAGGAACCUUAUACCCUGAUAGAAGAGGAAAUAAAAGCCGGCUUAGGGGUCAUUUAGAGAUGAGCAUAAGCUUUGUCCUUCCUCCUGCGCUUGCUUUGAUUCCUGAAAAUGUUCGUGACAGUCUUGGAAAAGGGGUGAUGACAAAAUUGGUUGAGAACAUGAAACAGAAAGUUGAUGGUAGCUUGCUUGAAGAUUAUAGCAAAUUCAAGAGGGAGAGAUCUAAUAAGCUUGUAUAGGCCUGUCAUCGCAUCUUCACCAAACUCUAAAGUAAAGUAGUAAAACACUUUUGCAUUGAUACGCAUUACCAUUUGAAGAUAACAACCCUGUAUGCAGUGCUGGACAGAAAAAUAAGAAUGUCUAGCUUUCGACAAAGUGCUCUAAGAAAAUUAGUACUUCUUGCUUAGGUUUACUGAUUUAAUAUUCUUGGAACUUCUUAGAAGGUAGCCCAAAUUCUUGAGAUUGUAAGGAUAUUGAUGUUGCAAAGUUGCAGUGCGUGAAAUUUGUACGGGACAAAAUCUAUUGCUUGAAUGCAGUGUGGACUUUUCUCUGUUUCUGCAUUGUUUA